CCAAAAUGCCAUUUAUUGUACCAUUCUCCGUCAAGGCAGCCUUGACUACGGGGGCCAUCAUAGGGGGAACUGUUGCUGUUAUUAACAAUCGAGAGAAGUUGUAUGAGGUUGCAGCAGAAUUUUUGGAGAAAGGAGCAGAAUUUUGUAGAGAGAGAUCCAAGACUCAGCCAAUCGAGACUCCAGCUUAUGCUCUGGAGUACCAGGAUGGAGAGUAUUCGAACUUUGAUGAGGAGGGAAAUUUCAUUGACGGGGUUGAUGAAGGGAGUGAAACUGACGAGAUGACGACUCCGGAUACGACUGACAUUGAUAGUGAUUUUGAUUUACUGAGAAUCACUACUAGGGACUACAUGUCAGAAGAUAUUGAUGUGGUUAGUUUAGAUUAGUUAAAGGUUUUUCAUUUAGGGUUUCAUUGGUUUAUUUCAUUUCUUUUCAAGGUUUUAGUUAUUCUACGUAUUUGAGUAUCAUUAAAUUAAACAUUC